UUGCCCCAGAGAAAAUCCAAGAUCACAGCCUCACGCAAGCUCUUGUUGAAGAGUUUGAUGCUGGCAAAAGCAAAGGAGGAAUGGGAACAGGAGAUUGUGGACAAGCAGUCAGAGAAGGAAAGAUACCUGUCUGAGAGGAUCACCCCACUGCACACCAGUGGCCUUUCCCUGAGCCAGCUCCAGGACCUGUGCAGAGAGCUGCAUGAGAAGGUUGAAAUUGUGGAUGAAGAGAGAUAUGACAUAGAAGCAAAGUGCAACCACAACACUCGGGAGAUUAAAGACCUGAAAAUCAAAGUGCUGGACCUGAGGGGCAAGUUCAAGAGGCCUCCCCUGCGCCGAGUCCGAGUCUCUGCCGACGCCAUGCUGAGAGCUCUGCUGGGCUCCAAGCACAAAGUCUCCAUGGACCUGAGAGCCAACCUCAAGUCUGUCAAGAAGGAGGACACAGAGAAGGAGCGCCCUGUGGAGGUGGGCGACUGGCGCAAGAACGUGGAGGCCAUGUCGGGCAUGGAGGGCAGGAAGAAGAUGUUUGAUGCUGCCAAAUCCCCCACAGGCCAGUGA